UCCGGGCUGUGAGGUGCUGCGAGCCUCGGCGGACCUUGCUGCCCCUGUCUCUUUCACGCGCGAGGAAGCGAUGCGGAGGGGUGGAAAAUGGCAGAGCUGCAGAUGUUACUAGAGGAGGAGAUCCCGUCUGGCAAGAGGGCGCUGAUAGAGAGUUACCAGAACCUGACCCGGGUGGCGGACUACUGUGAAAACAACUACAUACAGGCUACAGACAAGAGAAAAGCUUUAGAAGAGACCAAAGCCUACACAACCCAAUCUCUAGCUAGUGUUGCUUACCAGAUAAAUGCACUGGCCAACAAUGUACUCCAAUUGCUGGACAUCCAGCUUCGGAGAAUGGAGUCUUCCAUCAAUCAUAUCUCACAGACUGUGGAUAUUCAUAAAGAGAAAGUGGCUCGAAGAGAGAUUGGUAUUUUGACAACCAAUAAGAAUACAUCAAGAACUCACAAAAUAAUAGCACCUGCAAAUAUGGAGCGCCCUGUAAGGUAUAUUCGGAAACCUAUUGACUACACAGUUUUGGAUGAUGUGGGCCAUGGUGUCAAGCAUGGAAAUAACCAGCCUGCAAGAACUGGCACAUUGUCGAGAACAAAUCCUCCUACUCAGAAACCACCAAGUCCUCCCAUGUCAGGCCGGGGAACGUUGGGAUGGAAUACUCCGUAUAAAACCCUGGAACCUGUUAAACCCCCAACAGUUCCUAAUGACUACAUGACAAGUCCUGCUAGGCUUGGAAGUCAACAUAGUCCAGGCCGGACAGCUUCUUUAAAUCAGAGACCAAGAACACACAGUGGAAGUAGUGGAGGAAGCGGAAGUCGAGAAAACAGUGGAAGUAGUAGUAUUGGCAUUCCCAUUGCUGUGCCUACACCACCAACAGUUGGACCAGCAGCCCUGGGCUCAGCUCCUGGUUCCCAGUAUGGCACAAUGACCAGGCAGAUCUCUCGACACAACUCUACCACCUCUUCGACAUCUUCUGGUGGAUACAGACAAACUCCCUCUGUGACCGCUCAAUUUUCUGCUCAGCCUCAUGUUAAUGGAGGUCCACUUUAUUCUCAAAAUUCAAUUGCUGAUAGUCCAACGCCCCUGCCACCACCUCCACCGGAUGACGUUCCCAUGUUUGAUGACUCUCCGCCUCCACCACCACCACCUCUAGUGGACCAUGAAGACGAGGAGGCUGCAGUAGUCCAGUACAACGAUCCAUAUGCAGAUGGGGAUCCUGCCUGGGUCCCCAAGAAUUAUAUUGAGAAAGUUGUUGCAAUAUAUGAUUAUACAAAAGACAAGGAUGAUGAGCUGUCCUUCAUGGAGGGUGCAAUCAUUUAUGUUAUAAAGAAGAAUGAUGAUGGCUGGUAUGAAGGAGUCUGCAAUCGAGUGACUGGUCUCUUCCCUGGGAACUAUGUUGAAUCAAUCAUGCACUAUACUGAUUAGAUUUUUGCUUUUAAAGUAGGAUCUUAUUACUCAGUCAUACUGUGGGACUAUUACGAUUAACAGAAUUGUCUUAAUAUGUUUUAAAAUGUGCCCAUAUUUUCAGGACAUGCUGUUUUAUUGGUAUAAUUGAAUGUCUACCUAUAAGCAUAAAUCAUUGAGGCAGUUUGUGUAUUGCUAAAGAGCAACUUAUACAAGAGGCUGUCCCUAUUUUUGCUUAUGUACUU